AUGCCCAAGGUCAAGAGCUACUCAGCUCCGUGGCUGUCUCAUGGGCCCGGUCACCACUUGUUCGCGCCCUCGAGCGAUGCUGCCUCCAAGGCGCUGAGCGUGCCGUCGCCCUAUAUUUCCAAGAAGAAGAAGACCCCUGGCCCAAGAAGAACGAUUGCAAGGCGAGGCACAGAGGUGUUUGUUGCUGUUGGCAAAGAAUUGCGAUGGGGCGACCUGGCAUAUUUGAAAGAGAAGUGGUCAACGAAGCAUGCGCACCGUCGCAUGGGCAGCCGUGUCAAGCGGGAAGACUCGGCGCAAGCAUUCGAUGACGAAGCGAUCCCCUCGACGGAGGAGGAGGCUACCGCUCAGGGCUUCCGGACGAUCAAAACCCCUGUUGCGGACGACAUUCGCCAGCUUGUCAUUUCUCCCAACUCCGACUUCCUCGCGAUUCUGACGACCCAUACCGUCCAUAUUUGCGUGGUUCCCGACUCGUCGCAUCUCACGGCCGAGGACAACGGACCCCUGCGACCCAAGAUCUGGACGCUGGGGCCUACAACCCAUGUCACUUCGCGAUCAUCAGUUGCCUCAGCUGUCUGGCACCCUCUCGGUGUUAAGGGCUCCUGCCUAGUCACCAUCACCACCGAUGCCAUUGUGCGGCUUUGGGAGCUGUCUCUUACGGACCGGUGGUCGUUCGACUCUCCUACACUGUCAAUCGAUCUCAAGAAACUAGUAGACGGCACGACCCUGGACCAAGACUUCACAGCAUCCACCGCUGCUACCAAUGCUAGCUUCUCGCAGUAUUCGCUCGAGAUGCAGGUUGCUUCGGCGUGUUUUGCCAGUCGCGGCUCCGGCGGAUGGAGCCCCAUGACUCUCUGGGUCGCCAUGAGAGAAGGUGAUGUCUACGCGCUGAGCCCCUUGCUACCCCAAAAGUGGGCACCGCCUCCCACCUUGAUUCCGUCGCUGUCCGUUUCCAUCGUCUCCAAGGUCGCCGCCUUGGAAGACGACCCCACCGUGUCUGAAAAGGAUAAGCUCCUCGCCCAGCAACAGCUCGAGUGGAUGGGCGAUCUGGAUUCCCAAGAACCUCAGGUCCUCGACACAGCGCCAGGCGAGGAGGCCGUUGAGGUUUAUACACGCCCGUCCCGGCCCGGGGUCAUCCCUCGGCUCCAGGGCCCGUUCGAGUUUGACGCCGACCCUGACAGCGAGGACGUUGGGGAUGGUCUGCUGACAGACAUCAUUGUGAUUGGGAAAAAGAUUGACACCGACGACCUAAUGAUGGGCGAGGACGAAGACCUUGAUUUCGACGACGGUGAACAUGAGGGCCUUUCACUAUCGGUCAUUUGUCUACUGUCCACUACCGGUCAGGUCCGCGUUUACCUGGAUCUGGAGGGCGUCGAAGCACAGUGGCUUCCGCCUCGAAACAAAUCCAAGCUUGGACACCUCCUCGCCGCUGCCGACCCACCCUCUCUGUUGACGUUCCAGUGCAUCGACACUAUGACUGGAGGUGAGAUGGACAACGACGCAUGGCCGACUUUUUCAUCGGAUGCCAUGUCACGCUACUCGCUUUUUGUCACUUCUUACGUUGGCAUCACUUUCCUAUCCUUUUCUCCCUGGGUCUUCCGACUCGAGGGUGAGCUCUCGGGCGAGUCAGAGGCUGGCUCUGACUUUCGUCUCGGUCUCCUUGUGAAUGGGCAGAACUCUAUCAGGGAACGACUGUACACCCACCCUUCAUCAGACGUCAACGUGCCGUUCGCCGCAUCUGCCGCCAUCCGUGACCCAGACUUGGGAUACUUCCUUCUAUCGGCAACUCCAUACGAGCCGAUCGCCUUGACAUUCGACACGCCCGACGAUGACUUAUCUCCUGUCCGCCAUGAAGCGCCUUUCGAAGAGAAGCCCGCCAGUAUGGAGCCUCUGGACUUUUACGAGCCCCGUCCGACUUUCCAGCCGUCGCACGCUUUUGAGCAGCAGUCCGACCUCCCCGAGCUGAUCAACAGACUACGCAGCUCCCGGCACAAGACCAUCUUGAACCAGGAAAUUCGGUUGUCGCCAGUCACGCUCCAGAUUCUCACAGAUGCCCACCGCAUCCUGGGAGAGGACACUUAUCGCCUCGGCACGGCCGUCGCGGAGAUCUUCCGGCGUUGCGCCACUUUGCAAGAUGAUCUGAAGGACCAGAUCAAGAAAGCAAACGAGGUGAAAGAGAAGAUCGACAAGAUCGCGGGCAACGACAAGGAUGGGGAGGGCGAAAGCGACAACGUUAGAUUCGAAAGGCGCAUCACCGAGGCGCAAGAGCGCCAAAAGCGGCUUAACGAAAGGCUGGAAGGCGUCCGCAAGUAUGUUGGCAAGGCUGCAACCAGGGAGCUCAGUGCCAAGGAAAAGGCUUUUGUGGAAGAGGUCAGGAGCAUGGGGGCCAGCGUGCUGGGAUCGUUGCCAGAAGAUGGACCGGGGACAAGGCAGCAGAAGAUGCUGAGGAAACGUUUGGAAGACGUGCAACGACUUCGAGACGAGUUGGUCGGGGAGGUGGAACGGAUACAGAAACAAAGCGAGGGCGGUAAGGAUGGAAAGGAUUCGUUGUCGUCGUCGUCGACGGUAUCGGAUCUAAAGAUUCCAACAGAGAUCCGCAAGGCUAAGUUGCAGCAAGUCAUGUCUCUUCUCUCACGCGAGACUGCUCUCGUCGAGGCCGUAAGCUCGCGACUAGAGCGUCUUCAGACGCAGUAG